AUGCUUCAGGAAGAUAGAAUCACUAUUGUGCGAUACCCUGAUGCUCGAGCAGGGCAGCCCAUCCCACAAGAUGACAUCUGCAAUGCUAACACUGCAUAUGCUACCGUUAUCAACGACACUAUGAAUCCCUAUGCCCCCUUUGACUCUCGGGUGGACUGGAAAGUUACACAAUGGGCUAAAUUAUGCGGUCCAACUUCAACCACAUUUUUGGACUUACUCGGUAUCAAUGGAGUCCAUGAAAAGCUUGGUCUUUCUUACAAAAACUCAAGGGAAUUGAACAAGAUCAUCGACAAGCAGCUUCCUGGUCACCCAAAGUUCAGGUGUGAACAAAUUGUCAUUUCAGGCGAGGCCUUCAACAUUUUCUAUAGGGAUGUUAUCAAGUGUGUCAAGGCUCUGUAUGGAGACCCAGAUUUUGCAGAUUUUCUGGUCUUCACACCAGAACACCACUAUGCAGACAAGGAACAAACUAUCCAAUUGUUCCAUGAUAUGCAUACUGGUAAAUUGUGGUGGGAUACCCAGAAAAAGCUUGAUCAGCACAAACUGGGUGCUACUAUCAUUCUGAUUAUCAUUUUGAGUGACAAGACUCAAGUAACGAUGUUCCAAAAUAAAACAGCCUACCCACCCUCUCGUUGUGCCCAUAUUCUUCUCGCUUAUCUUCCUACCACUCGUCUCAAGCACAUCACCAACAAGGCUUCACGACUCCGAACCAUUGCAAAUCUGUAUCACGUGUGCAUGGGCCGUAUCUUAGCACCACUGGAGGAAGCUGGCUUAGAUGGUAUUGUUAUGAAAAGUGGCAAUGGUAUCCUGCAUCGCAGUCAUCCCUUAUUUUCUUGUUUUGUUGGUGACUACCCCAAGCAAGUCUUGGCUACAGGAGUCAAAGUCACAGAAUGUCCCAAAUGUGACAUACCACCAGACGAACUUGGAAGCAAUGCCACACCUUUCGAGAUGCACAACCUUGACAUUGUCCUCGAUGCAUUGGCUGCAAUUGACCAUGGAGAUAUCAAAUUUGUGCGUGCAUGCCGUGAAGCUGGAAUUAAGCCCAUUAUACAUCCGUUCUGGGAGCCCCUACCCUAUACCAACAUCUUCCAAGCCGUCACACCAGAUGUACUCCACCAAUUAUAUCAGGGUUUAAUCAAGCAUCUCCUUGGUUGGCUGGCCGAGGCAUUUUGGUGUAACCGUUACACAUUUGGAGCAGCCGAAAUAGAUGCCAGAUGUCAGAGGCUCCCCCCAAAUCACCAUAUUUGUCUAUUUAUGAAAGGCAUCACUAGCCUCUCACGAAUUAGUAGUACAGAGCAUACCAUCAGAGGUUUACUUGACUUCUUGUACCUCGCGCAAUAUCCUUGCCAUAGUUCCAAAGUGUUGACUCUUCUCAUGGAAGCCCUCAAUUUUUUUCAUGACAACAAGCAGAUCAUUCUCCAUGCAGCCUGGCACUAUAUGUUGAUGAUCCAGACUUUUGGCAUGACUGACAAUUAUAAUACAGAAUAUACUGAGCACCUCCACAUUGACUUGGCCAAAGAUGUGUAUCGCACGACAAACCACAAAGAUGAGUUUGUCCAAAUGACUCAGUGGCUCAAACACAAAGAGAAGAUCAUUCGACAUGAGAGUGUGAAAGGUGUCCCAAUUCAGAAAUUAGUCAUGGGGUAUGGGGCCAUGUACUUUUGUGAGGCACUUGUGAGAUAUGUUGCACAGCUGCAUCAUCCACAUGAAGCCACCACUCAUCGCCACCUCAAAGACCUUGCUGCCACUAUUCACCUUCCAUUCCAUACACUUCCUGUAUAUCAUGUAGUCAAAUGGCAAUCUGUUGAUGCACAGGGACACAGUGAUCUGUGUGUCACAGUGGAUAGCGCGCACAUCAAGCCUCGCCAUGCAGCCACCAGUCAAACAGGCACUGACGUCCCAGCACGAUUUGAUACUGUGCUUAUUAAUGAUGGGACUGGCCGUUCUGUAGGUAUUGAAGGCUACCAUGUAGGUCAGAUUCGUGUCAUAUUCUUGAUCCCACAGAAUUCUAUUACAACGAUGUUCCCUACCACAAUCCAGCCUCCCAAACAUCUCACCUAUGUAGAGUGGUUCACUCGGUUUCCUCUUACACCUGAUUCAAACCAUGGAAUGUUCAAAGUUAGCUGUGUUGUGCAAUCAGGUAAGAGAGUUGCAAGCAUUAUACCUGUCGCAAAUAUCCACCAAAGUGUUCAUCUUAUUCCAAAGUUCGGACCUGUUGCACCUCGUCAAUGGACAAGUAGCGAAGUCCUCGAACAAUGUAACACUUUUUUUAUUAAUUCUUAUAUUAAUAGGCAUAUGUUUGUAACAAUUAGAUAG